AUGAGUAUAGAGGGUCAAGUGUUUAAAAGAACUGGACGAAUUUUAAACUUGAGUCCUCAACAAAUCGUUGACUGCAGUACAUCACAUGGUAACCAAGGUUGCACAGGGGGGUCGUUGCGAAAUACUUUAAAAUAUUUACAAGAUACUGGUGGUUUAAUGCGUUCCAAAGAUUACAAGUAUGUUUCAAAGAAAGGAAGAUGUCAAUUUGUUCCAGAAUUAUCAGUAGUCAAUGUAACAUCUUGGGCUAUUUUACCAGCUAAAGACGAAAAAGCCAUUGAGGCAGCUGUAGCACAUAUUGGACCUGUAGCCGUUUCUAUAAAUGCUACACCUAAAACUUUUCAAUUAUACAGUGAUGGUGUUUAUGAUGAUAGUUCCUGUUCAUCGACCAGAGUAAAUCAUGCUAUGAUGGUUAUUGGAUAUACAAAAGAUUACUGGAUUUUAAAAAAUUGGUGGGGCGAACUUUGGGGCGAAGAAGGCUACAUGAGAAUUGUAAAGGGAAGAAAUUUAUGUGGCAUUGCAAAUUAUGCUGCAUAUGCUGUAGUUUAACGAUCAUUGUUAUAACGAAAAACUCAAUAAAACGAAUUAUUUUUUUUUGAGAAAA